AUGAAAGGCUGCGAGCCUUUCGUGAACAAGAAAAUAAGGCUCCAGGCUCCAGCGAUUCCCCAACCGAGAGGUCAAUUUGACUUUCGCAAAAGAAUAGAUCGAGUGAUAGUAGAUGUCUACUUUCUGCGGGAACAGCUCAACGGCCCUCCACCCAGAGCCUUCGACGACCUAAGUGUUAUCGGCAUGCCUUUCGGAGAAAAGAUAUCUCAAUACAAAAUCGAAGAAUUGCCUGCUCCAGGCGGACCAACACCUUCUAGUAAUAGAAGGAAGGGGAGCGGGACGAGGUUCUUUUCAAGAAAGAAGUUUACGAUGCCGUCACUCUUUGAAAGCCUGCCUAUAGAGAUCGUCAACAACAUGACUAGGUACCUUCCUGACGGGCUCGAAAUCAUCAACCUCCGCAAAGUGUCGAGAACAUUUUAUAAUAUAUUUUCCUGCCACGAUUUGGUUUCGAGAGCCCUCGUUCAACACUAUCCUUAUUCACGUGAAUCACAGCUACCGCAUCUUCAACGUACAAAAGCCGUUUACGACAGGGUCGCCCGCCGUUCUUACACACAACCACGCCGUAAAUGCCCUUCUAGGAAGGAGUAUGUAGACUGUUCCCCUAUUUUCUGUGAUGAUGAGGAAGAGGUGCUGGUUUAUCGUACCGCAGAGCAGAUUUCAACCAAGGGGUGGGCGGGUUGGCUAUGGGAUAUGAGGGAUGACAUAAAGGUAGAGGUGAAGCUUGUUGAUGGAGAUGCGAAAGUCGGCGGCUGUUACAAUGAGAAUGGAGAGUUGUAUGAGAGUGCAGUUGUACGAAACGUGUCAUGUUGGAGUGGGAGAGGGGUUAUGGUGCUACAUGGGCAUCAUAUACACCACAAGUUCGCAAAUGAUCACGAUGCACAGAGGGGGGAGUACACGGGGGUUGAACUGGCGCUGGGAAAUUUUGGGAUCCAAAUAGCUCCAAGAAGAAUGAAACACGCCCACACAUUCAUUCAAAUCUAUUCGCUCCAACGCUCCAAUUUUGGCCAGCUCAUCUCCUCAUUCAGCUUCUACGGAGGCGGCAACAACUCAACGGUGUAUGUCCUCUCGUCGGUCGAUGCACAAGUAGUUAAAAUGGUUGAACUCAGCCAAACCCCUAACUCACUUAGAUGGCGGUUUAAACAGGAUGACUUGCGCAUACUAGAAUGGCGAUUUGAAAGCGAUAUCAAGCCAAUAUGUCGAGACACUGAAGAGGGAGAGGAAGUAAGAUUGACAUGGGUGGGAAGCUAUGGGCUGAACGGCACUCGAGAGUAUAGGGUUGGCCUUGAUGAGUUGGAUGAAGCUGGAAUUUUCAAAGGGGAUGAAUCUCCAGUCAUGGUGGAGUGGAAGAUCAAUACGUUGAAUACACACCUACGGCCGGACGGCGCAUUCGAGAGCUCAAAGCCGACUCUUUUCUACGCCCCAACCGAGUUUAAUAAGGGGGGUAUUUUGGGACUGCCAGAACAGACCAUAGGGUGGGAUGAGUUGCGAACCAAAAACGACGCUGUAAAGUGGCCAGUGGCAGUAAGUCCAUAUAGGUUCUUUAGCCAAUCGGAACCUAAGAUGAGUGUUCUGAGGUGGGGUGCGCGUAGUGGUGUAAAUGGAUACUACACCACCGAUCCUAGCGAGAUGGUAAUCGAUUACCGUAAGACCGUCACUUUAUGGUAUGAUAGAAGCUGGAACCCGAAGUUAGAAGGGCACAUAGUCACCCGCGGAACGCUCUUAUCUCCGAGGUGGCGGUCAGUGUUGGACAAUAUGUGUGAAAGCACAGGAGUGGGAUUCAAAGCUGAGAACGCAGACGAAACCGCCGCGAAGUUAUUGAUGUCACGUAAAGAAAUAGCUCGAGCGACACAACGAAGAAGAGAAAGAGAGAGGCAAAAGCGAGGACCGGUGGAUAACGCAUUUUUCCAUGAAGGGAGUGGAUGGAUUCUCUACCUACUAAGAGCGGAGCGAGAGGAUUGGAGGAAAGAAGAGGAACGGAAGAAAAGGAUGCAAGAAAACCGUGCGCAGUGUGGGCUUGAAACGAAUUUGAGAGAGCUUUUGGUCAGCGAUGGCAGCGAGGAGGAGGAGGCAUAUUUUACAGGGCCACUAUCAGAGAGUACAAGUGUGUUGGUGUACUUAAGAUUCUAG